GGGAACGUAAAUGACGCGGCACCCGGUGGUUCCGUUUCCGGUUUCCGCCCGGACGCUGUUAGCGUCUGCACGCGGGCCACAUCCGUUAGGUUUCCUGGAGACUUGACAAAAUGGAGGCCCCUCCUGUAACAGUGUUGCCUGUCAUUGGUGGAACCAUCAAUAUGAUGGAAUAUAUUCUUCAAGGAAGUGUGCUAGACCAGAGUCUGGAAAGCCUCCUCCACCGACUGCGUGGGCUUUGUGACAAUAUGGAGCCAGAGACUUUUGUAGACCAUGAGCUGGUUUUCCUGCUUAAAGCUCAGCAAGGAAGUCCAUUUAUUUUAAGGGCCCGGCGCUCUGUGGACAAGCCUGGUUUGCCCUGGCACCUCCGAUACCUUGGGCAGCCGGAAAUUGGUGACAAAAACCGUUCGGCACUGGUGCGAAACUGUGUGGACAUUGCAACUUCUGAUGGCCUAACCGAGUUUCUGAUAGAGAUGGGUUUCCGAAUGGAUCAUGAGUUUGUGGUGAAGGGACAUGUUUUCCGCAAAGGAAUUAUGAAGAUUGUGGUGUCGAAAAUCUUUCGGAUUCUGCUUCCCGGUAACAUUGACAAUGUUGAGCCGCUCUCGCUGUCGUACCUGGUGGAGCUGAAUGUGGUGGCACCACCCGGGCAGGAUGCAGUUUCAGAUGACAUGAAAAAUUUUUCCGAACAGCUGAAGCCUUUAGUUCAUCUGGAGAAAAUUGACCCUAAGCGAUUACACCAGGUGUAGGGAGAAAUGUGUGUGACGUUAGAGUGUACAGUUUGUGUGGCUGGGGAAGAGGUGGUAUUACCACUGACACACUACGCUCUGCCUGAGUUCUGGAUCUGUCAGCUUCUAAACCUCAAACAUGUUUCGUGCUUUUAAAAUAUUAUGAAUAAAUUUUACUUUUUGUCUUA